AUGUAUACUUUAAUACAUGGUAGAAGUUUAAACAUAGAUGUAUUAGCAAAGCAUAUGUUUAAUAUCCAAGGCAAAAGUAUUGAAAUACACGAAGAAAUAUUAAUAAGUUUUUUUUAAUUUUAUUUUAGUAAGAAAUAUUAAUAAGUAAUUAAUUAAAAAUUAUUAAUAAGGUCUUUUCAAUUUCAGGGAAUUUUCAUUUUUUUAUUAUCAUAUAUGUAAUAUGAAAGAAACUGUGAAUGAUAAAUAAUGAUAUAGCAUCAUUGGUUGAUGUAACUAUUAAUUCAAAAAAUUUAUAUUAUAAGAAUAAAUAGUGGAACUAUUGUAUACAUGAGGAGAAACUGGGGCCAGAGUAGGACUGUAAAAAAAUUACAGGAUAUGCAAAUGCAAAUUUGA